UUUGCUAUACCUAUUUCAGUAUUAUUUUGAUUUUUUAAUUUAAUUCAUAUGGUUAUUAAGUAAUGUAUUUAUUGAUUCUAUGUCUUGAAAAACAUUCACAUUGGAGAAUCACCUAUUUGACAAAACAAUGCUCCAGACUCCAAUACGACCUUCAAACAAUUAAGUAAAAAGAUGAAAUUCUGGUGCAUAACUUCCUUUAGUUACAACUAGCACAAAUCACGAGCUAUAAUUAAGAGCUUUCCAAAUGUUCACAAAUUCUGCAAAUUAUAUCUUCUUCGUCUCAACUCUGAUUUCAAACGAAUUUGGGUAAGAAAAACAUAUUAAUUGAAACUUUCCAAAGAAAAGUUGAAGAAAACUAUGAUGAGUAAUUUUAUAAAAAUUAUACAACAACAUCAAAGACAAUAAUACUUAGGUAAACAAUUUACCUUUACUCUUUUUUUUUUCAACUUCAAGUUCAUUCAUUCGAGAGAAAAAAAAAGUACCAACUAAAACAAAAGGUUUUCGACCAUAUAGUGUAUCUCAUAUGUUGUUAUUUUAUAGAUUCAGGACAAGCUGCCUAUUGGAGACAACAUUGUUUAAUCUAGCUUUAUUUGUUUGUAUCGCGAAGGAGCUAGAUCUUUUGGAAUGUGUUCAGAGAAACUACUCAAAGCUAUUGACAAAACGAGAGAACUUUCACCUCCUUAACCCAUCUAAACCAAGAGCAUGAAGUUGAUUUCAGCUCACGCUCACCAAUUACAACAUCCCCGAACCCCUAAGUGGGUACAUAUUUUGAAGAUAAUUGAGGAUGAAAAAAAGCAAUCUCAGAGAAAGUUCAUGACAUAUACUUGGUAAAUUUAAGUUCUUGAAAAUAAAGUUUCACAAUUCUGAAAAUGUUGCCAUUGGAUUUUUGCAUUCUAUGAAAUGCGGGAGUAGAAGGAAGAGUAUGUUAACAACGGAGGUCGUGAAUUCAGUGAUGUAGAUAAUUACGUUAUUGAGAUAAAGGAAGAUAUUAUUAUGGUGGAUAUAGAAAUUUCAAAGAUGGGAGUAUGGAUUGAAUGGUUAAUAUUUAUGAUUUAGAUGAGGUGAAAUUAUACUAUCGUGAAAGAUGUUUCAGAUUUUAAAAUAUUUUACCAUUAAAAUUUGAUUUUUAAUGUAAUGUAGAAGAAGGAAGAAGAGAUUAUUUAUGCUGAAUAUGAAGUUUCAUUAAUGAUGAUGAAAUUGUGUGGAUAAGAUGCUUUUGAUGUCGGAGCAAUUAAAACGAAGUCCAAAAGGAAAUUUUCAAUAAUUUCUAAUAUCAAAGACUGAACUGAAGUGCGUUUCAAAUAUUUAGUUUGUAGAAAUGGAAUCCCUGCGUGAGUUGUGGUGUUUACUUUUGAUAAAGAAUUUUGGAUGUUGUAAAACUUAUGAUGUAUGUUUUUUUUUAUAUGUUUGGUAACUGAAUAAUUUGUGUUUUUUCAUGGUAUUAAAUAAAUAAUUCGAGUAAUUACUAUUAUUUUGUAUACUAUUGAUAUAAUUCAUCCGACCAACGGACGGACCAAAUCUAGUCCAUUAUUAUGUUAUUUCCCUAAUCCGUACCCGCUUUACGUAGCAGUAUACUUUAGCGAUGAGGCCGAGCCCAAGCUCAGUUCAGAUCCCAGACCUAGCCCAUAGUUAAAUUCUAAAAUGGGCCGAGAGUGUGAGAGACGGACGCGUAUGAGACUGAGGAUCAAAAUUCAAAGACGCCAAAUGGUGUUGCCGUGACGAUUGAAUAUUGACGAGACAGAGAAUGGCAGCUGCUCUCAUCGGGAAAUCCCUCUUCCUCGUUACCGGACCUCCGGGGGUGGGCAAAACCACUCUGAUUAUGAGAUUGGUAGAGGCUCUGAAACUCUCUAGACCUAACUUGAACGUUCGGGGAUUCUACACCCGUGAGGUUAGACGAGGAAGUGAAAGGGUUGGAUUCGAAAUCGUUACUCUAGACGGCCGCGCGGCCACACUCUCUUCCAUCUCCAUUUCCACGCCAGAGUCGUCCAGAUGGCCAACUGUGGGAAAGUACAAAGUCGACGUCUCAUCCUUCGAGUCUCUCGCAUUACCCGAGCUUCAGGCAUGGGAAGAUACUGAUCUGUUUAUUGUAGACGAAGUUGGCAAGAUGGAGUUGUUUAGUUCACAUUUCUUCCCAGCUGUGUUGAGGGUUUUGGAAUCAAACAUCCCGGUUGUGGCUUCAAUUCCUGUUCCGAAGUUCGGUCGUGAUAUUCCUGCAGUUGCAAGGUUGAGGGGUCAACCGGGUGCUACGAUUUUCUCGUUAAGCCAGAGCAAUCGGGAUGCUCUAAAAGAAGAAAUCUAUACCCAAUUGCUACAAGCAUUAGAUGUUGCAAGGCAGUGAGAUCUGGGUUCAUGGUGGAGUUACUCUCGGGCUUUUAAGGUUCUGCAUAUAGUUCGUAUAGUUCAAAACAAAAUUAGAAAUUCAUAUCCCUUGUAAGGUUUUUGCAAUCGCAGAGUAAUGGUAGUCUUCCAUCUUCAUCUCAUCUUGUGACAAUACACAUACAUGCAUAUUUCAGUGUAAUGCAAAUGAGAUCCUGUUUCUGAUUUCCAAAAUAGGAAAAACCUGUCCCUCAGUUUGUAAUCCAAUAUAUUUUUGCUCGAAAUUAAAUAGGAAAGCGAAAUAAGUUAUGGUGGAGGUAGUAGUGGAAGAGAAACCAGUAUUUCUUCUUGAUCUUCAUGCUCCUCUAAUUCCAUGUUGUUCACACAACUAGUAUGAGCCUUUUUGUUGAUCUCCUUUACAACUGUACCUUCGAACUGUCGUAGCUUGCUUGCCAUAUCAAGCUUGCUGCUGCUUACUUCACCCAUUACAACCUUCACACCCUUAACUUGAAGCUCGCCUUGUUGAUGAUUUGCUGCAAAACGAAAAACUUUGCUCCAGGAUUCUGAGGGGAAUAUGACGGACGCUAGCUACUCAGCUUAGGUUUGAUUUCCGAAAUCCAAUCCGUUGGUGGUUUUUGGUGCUCGACUUAUGUUCCAAUAUGGCUAUAAUCUGCUGCUGCUAGAUUGUUAAUAGAGAGGGAACAGUCAAGGGACUCUGCGUUGGAUGCUUUUUAAUGAAUUUAGGUGAUAUGUUUGUAUAUUGGGUGGUGGACAAGAAUUAUUGUACAAAAGUUAACCCGUGAUGGCAUAAAACGGUAUCAAUCUUGAGAUACAUGAUAUUUUCUUGUAACUAAUAGUAAAAAGUCUAUUUAUGCUCAGUAAUGCAUAGGAUUGAGUUCAUUUUGUACUUGGUUGAAUUUAUCAAUUAAGGUGUAUGUACCAA